CGUCUCAAUUUCUCAACGUGACAGUUACAAAAAAUAGAGGAACAUGCACAAUCCACAUGUUUAAUACCUAAAAAUUUUAAAUUUAUUUCAUGUGACCAACUCUAUUUAAAUUACUUGUAGAAUUUACAGAACUAAUUUAAAAUGUCUAAUUUACUUGAAGUAUUAGUGACGAGUGAUUCCAAUAAUACUUUGUGGACAUGUUGUGUUUGGGAUUCGAAUACCGGUACAAAUUUAAUGACCUAUCGAGGUGGUGGUACUGCAGAAUCCAGAACGAUGUCUUUCAUUGGAAAGGACUAUUUGGCAGCAGUUGAGCGAACUAAACCAAUUCUACACAUAUGGCCCUUAAACUCUCAACAGACGAUUCAGGACAUGAGAUUUAUUCUGCCAGGUAAGGCAAACGCGUUUGCCGUAGCGCCUGAUGGCUCUUACUGCGUUGCAGGAAUUGAUGAAAAAAUCUAUUUGUGGCAAAUAUCGUCUGGAAACUUGCUGACUAUCAUAAACCGACACUAUCAAAAAGUUAAUCACUUAAAGUUUACUCCAGAUGGCCGCUUUUUCAUAUCUUCUGCUGAGGAUGGUAUGGUUAUGGUAUGGGCACUAGCGACAGUUGCGGCCAAUCCAGAAAUUGAGCUAGUUACCCAGUCCACAGCUGGACAGCAUGAUCCAAUAUUUGUUUUCUCUGACCACUCUUUACCAGUCACAGAUAUGUGUAUUAGCAAAACUGGUAUACACGGACGGCUGUGCACUGUAUCAAGUGACAGAACUUGUAAGAUUUAUGACUUACCGUCAGGAGAGUUGCUGUUAAACCUCAUUUUUGAUGAACCAUUAUCUUCUAUUGUAUUUGAUGUAUUGGAGUUGAACAUAUUUGUUGGAAGUACAGAAGGAAAAAUAUUUCAAUUUAGUCUAACAAAUCCACCUCGUAACAGAGAUGUACUAGUCAGCGAUGAAGAUAAAACACUUAUUUUCUCUACCCAUACUAAAGCUGUGACUUGCCUUUCCGUAUCAUUAAAUGGGGAGAUUUUGAUGUCCGGUGGAAAUGAUGAGCUAGUUAUUCUGUGGCACAUUAAAAGCAGACAGCCUGUCCGAACUAUAAGACACAAAGGAUGUAUUACAAAUGCCUUCUUCACCACAAAUUUUGAAUCCAUAUACAAGCAAGAAUUUUCGCCACACAUUAUUCUUCACAGCUUAGAAAGGACAUUGGAGAAAGACAAUGAUGAUGUCAACAAAAUUGAAGUUUUGAUAGACAAGAAAAUAAACUUUUGGCCAUUUAAUGUUAUUGAAAGUGAGGAUAUCUCUGUUCAUAAUGAUAUAAAUAAACAAGCAAAUAGUGAAAAUAAGCAGCAGACAGCUUCAUUAGAAGAAGAAAUAAAUAAACUUCGGACAAUAAAUGCAAACUUGUAUAAAUUUUCAGUUGAAAAGGCUUUAGAUUCCAUUCCUGAAGUCAAAAAUAAUUCAAAAAAGAGAGGGAAGCAUAAACAAUAAAAACCACUAUA